AUGGAGUUCGGUCUCGUCGACAUGGCACUGGACGUGUUUGAAUGGAUGCCGCAGAGGAACUUCGUCACAUAUAAUGCGGUUCUCACUGGGUUUUGUCGGAAAAAGGAAGGCGUGCGCGUCACGUUUGCCAAGAAGGCGGGCCUCCGAGGUCUCGGUUUGUUUAGGCAAAUGGUGGAGGAUGGGCUGGAGAUCUCAGAUGUCACGGUGACGGGCGUGCUGAAUGUCUGUGCUAUUGCUGCGGAUAGGAAGGCGAGCGAGCAGGUUCAUGCUUUUGUGAUCAAGUGUGGAUGCAUGUCUAGUCCGUGGAUUGAUGCUGUGUUGAUUGAUAUGUGCAUCAAAUGUGGCCGAUCUGGAGACGCACAUCUGUUAUUUGAGCAAUGGCAGCAUGAGGAGAGCUUUCACAUUGCCUGGAAUUCUCUACUGCUGGCUAGUGUCAGAGAUGGUGAGUAUGAGAAAACAUUUUCGACCUUCCUUCAGAUGUUUAGAAGCAGUGGUGUAGAAUUCAUCGAUGAGUUCAUGUUGACUGCUGUCCUUGGGGUAUGUGGCAGUCUAGGUUUUGCUGAACUUGGAAAGCAAUUGCAUUCCUUUGCUGCAAAAUCUGGGCUUCUGUGCGUUCGUGGAGUUGGUAACGCGUUUAUUAGUAUGUACGGCAAGUGCGGGGAGUUGAAAGAUGCGGCCAAUUUCUUUGAGCGGAUGACUUGUCGAGAUUUGGUGUCAUGGAAUGCAAUGGUCACUGCCCAUCUUCUUCAUCAGGGGGAUGAGAUAUUGAAGAUAUGGUCUGAGAUGGAGAGAUUAAUGAUCAGGCCUGAUUCCAUUACCUUUCUUCUGGUCAUAUCUGCUUGCAGUCACACAAGCUCAGACUCCACAGAGAAAUGCAGGGAACUCUUUCUUUCUAUGCCAAGCACAUAUGGCAUUGAACCAGCCAUGGAGCACUAUGCAGCCUUUGUUUAUGUCCUUGGCUGCUGGGGCCAUUUUGACAAGGCAGAGCAGCUUAUAGGUGGUAUGCCAUUGAAGCCUGAUGCAUUAGUUUGGCGGUCUUUGCUAGACAGCUGCAGCAAGCAGUCCAACAUGGCCGUGCGGAGGCGAGCCAUAAAGCAUCUGCUGGCAUUGGAGCCACAAGACCCAUCCACAUACGUGCUGACUUCAAACCUGCUAUCUGAAUCAGCAAGGUGGCACUCCUCUGAGAACACAAGGCUACAGAUGCGUGAAAAGGGUAUGCGCAAGAUCCCAGCCAGGAGCUGGACGUUUCACGGCAACAUGGUCCAUUCAUUUUUCGCACGGGAUAGAGCACACCCACAGUCCAGGGACAUAUACGCCGGCCUGGAUGUGCUGAUCCUUGAGUGCAUAAAGGAUGGGUACGAGCCGGACACCACCUUCGUCCUGCACGACGUCGAGGAGUACCAGAAGAGGCACUUUCUGAUGUACCACAGCGUGAAGCUAGCGUCAAUGUAUGGCCUUCUGAUGGCAGGCCCUGGACAGAUCGUCCGUGUGGUGAAGAACAUCCGCAUGUGCGGGGAUUGCCACUCUUUCUUGGAGCACGCCUCUGCUGCCACCGGUAAAGUGAUCUCGGUCAGGGACUCGUCUGGGUUCCACAUUUUCAGGGGAGGGAAGUGUUCCUGUAGAUAA